AUGGCAGAAGGUCAACAACCAACCCAGCAGCCACAGCCGGCCUCGGCUCCUCAACAGCCUCAGAAAGUGUGCGAUAUCAUUCGCGGAUUUCGUCCGGUCAAGUCCUACAAAACUGCCAAGCAAGACUCCUCCCACUUUGUGACUUCCUUAGAUUUCGACGACCAAGGCGACUACGUGGUUGCGGCCGGCGACGACGAAACCAUCCAGAUCUUCGAUGUCAAGGAGGGCAAGUCCACCAAGUCGGUUCCCAGCAAAAAGUACGGGGUUCAUCUGGCGAGAUUCACACACCACUCUCGCCAGGUCCUUCACGCGAGCACCAAAGUGGACCAUUCCCUCCGGUUGCUCGAUCUGCACAAUGAAGGCUACGUGCGUUACUUUUCGGGCCACACGGACAAAGUAACCUGUCUUGCGCUGUCUCCGGGCAACGACUCGUUCAUCUCCUGCUCCAAGGACGACACUGUCGCGCUGUGGGACCUGGGCUCUAGGAACCCCCAGGGCAGGCUGAAGCUCGCCACGCCCUACUUGGUUGCAUUCGACCCCUCGGCCACUGUUAUCGCCAUCGCCUCGCAGACGACCUCGUCCGUUCUCCUUUAUGACUUCCGCAAUUACGACAAGCCUCCCUUCUCCACUUUUGAUCUUGCGCCUUACGAGGAGACAUACACACCGUCGACCCGUGGACGCGCUUGGACACGCCUGGAGUUCUCCAAUGAUGGGAAGCAUCUGAUUGUCGGCACCGACUACCACGGACAUUUUGUAUUAGAUGCCUUUGAGGGUACCGUCAAGGCGUUCCUAGUAGGAAAGAACGGAUCAUCUGGACGAGCGGCCCCAGUCUCUACCACCGGAAAACCUCUUGGACAAGGUGAUGUGUGUUUCAGCCCGGACGGACGAUAUGUUUUUGGUGGUGCUGGCGACCAGCCCGACAUGCUGGUGUGGGACUUGCAGCAGGAUAAGGAGGCGAAUCUAACCUUGCAGCCCAUGGCCCGGCUGCCACACCGAAGUCGGACGGCUAUGGUUGAAUACAACCCUCGCUAUAACAUGAUCGCUAGUGCCGACAAAGACAUUGUGUUCUGGCUUCCGGACGAAACACCGAAAUCAUCGGAUAAGUAA